GUAGAGCGACAAUAACAACGACAUAAUCUCAAAGCGGAUGAGGAAGACAUACCUUUUCGAUUGAAAUCGGUGGAGAAGCUUUCGGUGAGACAACGGAUCGGUGUCGAGGGAGCGAAAUACCCGAGAGGAUUUUUAAAUCGGGAUGAAAUGGGGGGACGAUCUCUGUCGAACUCUUUCGCCGUCGAGAGAGAGAGAGUCGGGAGAACAUGCAAUUGAUUUUCAGACUGCAAAACGACAUUGCCCUACACCACUUCCACACCCAAUCACAUUCAGCCAGCUGGCAAUAAGGAUCAUCGACAAAACUUCUUAAUUAAGGACAAUCGACUUCCGUUUCUUUGUAAUUUAAGCCUUUUUGAUUUAAUUUUUGGCCCAAUAUUCCUUAGAAUUCAGGCUAAGAACGCCGAUAAUGUUGGUCUAAAGAGCUUUUGUGAUACAAACAGGUCAACUAGUAAUAAGGAUGGAUAAUAGCAGUUGUGAGUCAGAGGAGAGUGAGUCAGAGGAGAGUGACUACUCUGAGAAGCCUUACAAGCAAUUGAGGGACGGGGAGAUGAAAGUUAAGCUAAAGGAGGAGACUUUCAAGUGCCCUUUUUGCCCUGAGAAGAAGAAGCAACGCUACAAGGAGCUGCUUGUCGCCAAAUCCACCACUAGAAAUUGUAAACAAAAAGCUAAUCACUUGGCCUUGUCAAAGUACCUCCACAAGGAGCUCGCUGGUGAUGCUGAGCCAGUGAUUAGCUUGUCCAAGCAGAACCAAGCUGCUGUUGUGAAUGACGACAUGUAUGUGUGGCCUUGGAUGGGGAUUUUCAUCAGCCUACUGAGAGGAAACGAUGACGACAAGAGUUUGCUUCUUGAUUCGGCGUAUUGGUUGAGGAAGCUUGCGAGGUUCAACCCUCUUGAGGUGAAGACCCUUUGGGUUGAGGAGGAUUCGGCAGUUGCUGUGAUUCCUAGGUUUAACGGUGGUAUGGAUGGGUUCAAGAGCGCCACAGAGCUUGAGAAGGAGUUUGAUGUCAAGCGGUGCGGCAGGGAGGACUGGAGAGGAGACUGGAGGAGGUUCAAGUUCAAGACUUAUGGCUGGUGCGCACGUGCAGAUGAUUACAACUCUCAAGGGUCUAUAGCUGAGUACCUGUCAACGGUAGGGAGACUGAGAAGCUUCUCUGAUAUCUCCAAAGAGGAAUUGCAGAAAUCGGAUAAUGUUGCGUACGAUCUAGAUGAUAAAAUUUAUAUGAUGGAUGAGGAUUAUAACCAGGUCCAGUUCAAGUACAAAGUGGAGACCAUCUCUCCGCAGAGGCUUCUCAUGGAAAAACACACGAUGGACCAAACUUAUAAACAAGGUUUGUGUUACUGAAAAGUUGAUUUGCUUUAUGUUUCCCAACCUCGGUUUGUGACUCUUGUUUUUAUAUCUAGAAACAGGAUGCAGGAGUUUUCGCAGCGCACCAUCGACAGGAUCUUACGAGAAAAAGAGAUGCUAAACAAGAAACUGGAGUAUAGGAUGAAGGGUCUGGAUGCUUGGUCCAAAGAAUAAAACUCCUAGCAGUUAAAUUUAGGGAAAAUUGCCGAAACGGAACAAAAAAUCAGCAUAGUUAUUCCUAUGGUAUAAAACCAUAUUUGUCCAUUUAUUUUCUCUUUUACAUUUUCCAUUUCUGAAAUUUAAUGAAAUAAAUAGUUUUUUGAAUCCAAAAAAUAUUAAAAAUAUAAACAAUUAAUAAAACACCUAUAUACACAAACACAUUUUUUUUGGGUUAAAAAACUUGAUAAAUAAAAUUUUAAAAUUAUGUUCCACUAAAAGUAGAAUUCAUCUUCUACGGAAAAUGAGUUAGUAGAAAACAAAUUCCAGAAUAAACAAGUCCAUCUAUUUUUUUUAGAAGAAACCAUCCAAAAAUGACUAAAAUUCUAAAUAUGAGGAAUGUAAAUUUUACUAAUUGUAAAGAUCGCUACUUUUUUUUUGAAUGCAGUCUCUACUUUUAUGAAGUAUUCUAAAAUUCCGGGUAUGCGAAAUAUAAACUUAACACGAACGUCUACAAAAACUAGAAAUUGUAUUCAGAAUUUUUGUCAUGGUUCUACACAGUGUAGAUGGUGUCUUCUACGGAUAAAAAAACAGUUUUCCAAAAAUUAAAGAAGUUUCAGUUAAGAAAAUAUUCUUAAAGUAUUCUAAUUUCCUAAAACAUGUCCUGGUCGAUUUUCUUUGUCAAAAUAUAAAAAAAAUCGAUUUUUGCUUUUCUUCUUCAUCAAUCUAUGAUUUCUUCAUAGUUUGUCUUGUGAUUUUCACAAAUUCUUGUUCUAUGAUGCAUAUCUAUACAAUAUGUGGUGUUUGGGAAUUUAGUGCAAGUACGAGAUUGAUUUUUUCGGCUGAUGAUAAAGGGGGUAGGCUACUGUUAUUGGAAUCAAGUUCUACCUUAGAAGAUUUUAAACGAAUAGUUUUGGAGGAUUUUAGAAACUAAAUGCAAUUAGGUUACGUGAUAUUUUUGAUCUAUGUCGUGUGUUCUUUUUUUUUCUAAAUUGUUUUUACAUUUUUUCCCUUUCUAAAACAUUAUUACCUUAUUGUUUUUAUAUUUUUCCAUUAAACUUUUUAAAAAUGAUUUUAAUUUAUGUUUAAUUUGAUUAAGGAAAUGUUAGUUUUGGGAUUAUGAAAAAUAUUAUACUAUAGGGACAACUUAGUGAUGGUUUUAUACUAUAGGGACAACUAUGUUGUUUUUUUGUUCCGUUUUGGCAAUUUUUCCUUAAAUUUAUUUAUCUCCUAUAAAUAUUAUAGCUAAUUUAUUAGUUAAUUUUAGUGACUUACGCCGAUUUAAUGCUUAACAUUUUAGAAAA